AUGACCUCAAACGCGCUGCUGAUCCACGCCGAGGUCGACAAGAUCAUCGCCAUCCUGCUCACCGACGCUGGUGCUGGCGCUGGCCAUUUCACGGGCCCGACACCUGAUGGUCCAGGCGGUGAGCGAGGGCGCCGCGGCGCAGGACCUCUCGCGCUUCUUCGAUCCCGGUGUGGCGGCCCGCAUUCGCGGGCGCGGAGAUGUCGAUUCAAGGCGGGCGAAGGCGAAUUGCGCGACGUCGCCAUCCUGACCGUCGACCUGCGGGGCUUCACCCGGCUGUCGACGGAACUGGCGCCGGACGAGGUGAUGAAGGUCCUGCAGGACUAUCAACACCGGAUCAACGUCGUGCGAAAUGCCGACAGCCAGAUCGUCGAUGGCAAUCCGAACGAGGUCCAGAAGGUCGUCGAUCUCUGGACGUUCCGUCGCGACACGACGUCGGGCGAUCCCAACUGGCAGCUCAUCAAGACCGAAAGCGAAGGCUAA